AGUAAAUCAAAUAAAUCAUCAUCUAAAAAGAAGCCCAAAUCUCACAAGUCAAAGCAGACCUCCCCAGAAGAAAUCCGCGAAAUUGUUGUGGGAAUAUUAAAAGAGCUAUUGCCAUCAUAUAUGCUUCAAAGUCCUGAAUCCAAUUUCAACCCCAUAAGGCCUGUUCUCACAGAAAAGCCACUCCCUAUUCAAGAUAAUAAGUAUCGUUCGCCAGUUCCAGAAAUACCCGAUGAGGCAAA